AGAGCUGUGCCCGGGGCCGCAGCGGAGCAGCUCCAUGGGUCCAGCGCUGCCUCUGGGGCUCCUCUUGGGGCUGCAGGGGAUCCUGGGGGACCCGGGCGGCCCGACAAGAGUUCUCCAUUCCCUGCGUUACCUGUCUGUGGCGGUGUCAGAGCCCAGCCCGGGGGUCCCCCAGUUCAUGGAAUUGGGGUUGGUGGACGGGAUCCCCUUCACGCGCUACGACAGCGAGCGGGGCCGGAAAGUGCCGCUGACGCGGUGGAUGGAGGAGGGAGCUGAGCCGGGAUAUUGGGAGAGCCAGACCCAGAUCUGUCAGGUGAACCAGCAUGUGCGUGUGGAGGACCUGAAGACGCUGCGGCACCGGUACAACCAGAGCGGGGGUCUCCACACCAUACAGUUGCUUUCCGGCUGUGACCUCCUGUCUGACGGGAGUGUCCGUGGAUCCGAGCGGUUCGGCUACGAUGGGCGGGAUUUCAUCUCCUUCGAGCUGGGAUCCAAGAGCUUCGUGGCGGCUGACGACGCUGCUGAGAUCACACGGAGGCGCUGGGAAGAUGAGAACGUGGCUGAGGGGCGGGAGAAUAGCCUGAAACAUGUCUGCCCAGAAUGGCUCCGGAAAUACAUUGGAUACGGGAUGAAAGAGCUGGAGCGCAAAGUGGUCCCUGACGUCCAUGUGUCCGGGAAAGAGGAACACGGGACACUGAUCCUAUCCUGCCACGUGUACGGAUUCUAUCCCAACACCAUCGCAGUCAACUGGAUGAAGGGGGGUGAAAUCCGGGAUCAGGAGACAGAGUGGGGCAGGAUCGUUCCCAACAGCGACGGCACCUUCCACACCUGGGCCAGGAUCGAGGCGCUGCCGGAGGAGUGGGAGCAGUACCGGUGCCGGGUGGAGCAUCCCGGAAUGCUGGAACCCGGGAUCUUCGCUUGGGAGCCAACAUCUGGCAUGAAUCUCGCUGUGGUGAUCGCUGUGUCCGUCAUUGCUGCCAUCCUCGUCCUUGUCCUCAUUGGAUUCGGUGUCUGGAGGCUCCAAUCCGGGAAGAGGGACGGGAAUGGAUACAACCCGCCAGCCGGAAGGGACAUGGAAAUGAAUGGCUGAACCACAUUUAUGGAGCAGGAAUCGCCGCCUCAGCGAUCCAUGGAGCUGGAUCGGGCCCUUUCCCUGUUCCUGGGAAAGCCGAGAGCUGCCAGCAGAGCUCAUCCCACUGCUGCCACCCACCCCACAGCUCUUGCUAACGGAUCGAUUUCCUGUUUUCCAAUGUUUUAGAGCCAAAACCCACAAAUAUUCCCGAUGCUUUACUUCUGGUGUGAAAUUAUCCUGCUUGGGGCAAGAAAUCCUGCUUGGAGCAAGAAAUCCGGGUUCCUCCUCCAGUGUCCAGCAGUUCCUCUCUGGGAGCCUGGAGUGGGAGUGGGGACACUGGGGACAGGGAUGGGGACACUGGCAGUAGGGAUGGGAACAGCAGGAAUGGGAAUGGGGACCCCAGGAACUGGGGUGGGGACCCCAGGAGCAGGGUGAGGACACCAGGACCAGGGUGAGGACACCAGGACUGGGACAGGGACACCAGGAACAGGUUUGAGACACCAGGAGCAGGAUGGGGACACCAGGAGUGGGAUGGGGACACCAGGACUGAGAUGGGGAUACCAGGAGCAGGAUGGGGACACCAGGACUGGGUUGGGGACAUCAGGAGCAGGGUGGGGACUUGCCAGCCACACCCAGCUCCAUUCCCCAGGAUUCAUUUCCCAUUCCGUGUCCCAUAUCCAAGGUAUCCCCAGGAGGGUUUGGCCACACUGGGCUCCUGGAGGGGCAGUGGGAUGGGGGGAGGGGUCAGACCAGGCCUCGCUGUCCCCAGGUGUCCUUGAGUGUCCCAAAAUCGGUGCUUGGGAUCACAGAGAGGUUCCCUGGCCAUGACCAUGGCCAUGACACAAGCACAAGAUGGCCAUGAGAUGAGAGUGACCAUGAGUGACACAACCCUGAGAUGACCACGACCAUGGGAUAACCAUGACUGUGACCACAACUGUGACCAUGACUGUGACCAUGGCUGUGACUAUGACCAGGAGAUGACCAUGACCAUGACACAACCACAACCCUGACCAUGAGAUGAUUUGGACCAAGAGAUGACCAUGGCUUGGCCAUGAGACAGCCGUGGCCUUGAGGUGACGCUGAUGUGAUUGUGGCCAUGAGAUGACCAUGAGGUGACAAUGGCAUGAUCAUGAGAUGACCAUUACAGUGGGAU